CCGAAGCACAAACCCCGCCUAGCUCUCGCCUCUCGCACUUUUGCUAGCUUUGACCUCGCCAUCAGGGGAAGACGGAGAAUGGAUCCCGUGGCGGCGCAUGGCGGCGGCGGCGGGCGGCACCACUUCGGCCCGCCGGUGGGCUCCCCGUUCCACAGCCCCUUCCAUGGCAGCCACGGCCAUGGCGCCGGGGGGCAGUUCCAGCAGCAGGCGGCGCCGCAGUUCCAGGCGUAUGAGCUCCAUGGCCACCAGGCGCAGAUGCUCGCCAACAGCAUGGGCGGCGGCGGCGGGAACAGCGGCAGCAGUAUGCUGGCGAAGCAGGAGCUGGUGGACGAGAGCACCAUCAACAGCGCCGGCAGCAACAGCGCCGGCGAGCAGGGCAUGGGCUCCGCGGAGCCGCAGAUCAUGGGCCAGACGCAGGCCGGAGGCGUAGGCGGAGGAGGAGAGGAUCCGCAUCAGCAGCAUGGGGCGGCGGGCCUGCGGCAGGGCGUGAUGCGGAGGCCCAGGGGCCGGCCGGCGGGGUCCAAGAACAAGCCCAAGCCGCCGGUGAUCAUCACGCGCGACAGCGCCUCGGCCCUGCGGGCCCACGUGCUCGAGGUCGCCCCCGGCUGCGACGUCGUCGACGCCGUCGCCGACUUCGCACGCCGCCGCCAGGUCGGCGUCUGCGUCCUCAGCGCCACCGGCUCCGUCGCCGGCAUCUCCGUCCGCCAGCCCGGCGGCGGAGGCGGAUCCAACGGCAACGGAAACGGCGGCGUCGUCAGCAUCGCCGGCCGCUUCGACAUCCUCACGCUCUCCGGCUCCUUCCUGCCGCAGCCGGCGCCGCCGAGCGCGACCGGGCUCACCGUCUACGUCUCCGGCGGCAGCGGACAGGUCGUCGGCGGCGCCGUCGCCGGCGCGCUCGUCGCCACCGGCGGGCCCGUCGUCAUCAUGGCCGCCUCCUUCGGCAACGCGUCCUACGAGCGCCUCCCCCUCGACGACGAGCCGCCGCAGUCCGCGGCGCCUGAUCUGGCGCCAUUGCCGGCUCCUCUACACCAGCAGCAGCAGCAGCAGCAGUCUCUGGCCAUGAUGAACGCCAUCCAGCUCCCCGGAGACGAAGACGAAGCCGGCGGCUACGGCGGCUGGGCCAGCGCCGGCGCCGGCAGCAGCCGCGUCGGGCCCUACUGAGAUCGAUCAAUGGCAAGCACAUGGAGGCAAUCAAUGGAAGCUAAGAGUUCAAUCAAUCAAUCAAUCAAUUACCAUGCAUCUUCUUCUUCCUGCCUUUGCUGAUUAUGUGCUAGCUCUUGAUCUCGAUCGUCUCGUUCAGUUCUACCCUCCCGUUGUGUCAUCUGCUUUGCAAUUGUCAAUCGCAAGGUUGAUGAUGGUUAAAUUGGAACUUGUAGUAGUGUUCCUGGUCGCCGUUAGUUAUGUUUUUACCUUUAAUUUGUUUACAGCGGUUAAUUGAGCAAUGCAUGCAUCGUUGUAGCUAGGAUGGAGAUCGAGGAAGAGGACUUGUUAGCGGUGGUAAUUACUCAGUUAAGCAACUAGUACUGGUAGUUUUUAUAUAUGUGUUAUUGAAUUGAUAUGUCUCUCUCUCUUUCGUCGUUGUCUUGGAGCUAUAAGACUAGCUAGUUAUGAACAAACCUGCGUGUUUGAUGGAGAAUGAUGGGUGAUCAGUUCGUUGUUUGUU